AUGGAGGGAAGGGAAUCGAAUCGACUCGAAUCGGUUCGAAUCGGUUCGAAUCGGUUCGAAUCGGUUCGAAUCGGUUCGAAUCGGUUCGAAUCGGUUCGAAUCGGUUCGAAUCGACUCGAAUCGGUUCGAAUCGGUUCGAAUCGGUUCGAAUCGACUCGAAUCGGUUCGAAUCGACUCGAAUCGGAUCGAAUCAAGCGGGUAGCUAACAAGAGUCAAGCGGGUAGCUAA